UGAUAUGAGGAGGUGUAGGGAGGUACAGGAGUCAUGGGGAGCCGAGGCGUAAGAUGCUGCGACGUGAAAUAUGAUUUCCAGCACGGGAUUUUGAAAUGAAGAAUGGCGUGAGGCCAGAGAACGUAAAUAUUAUUAUUAAGUCACUCUAACUUUUGCCAGUUACUUUAUCAGGGUUAGAACCCCAUGAAUAAAUCGCGUAACUGAAAUUCACCAUAUUCUAAGUGUUGCUAAAGAUAGAGACAAAAGACUGCCAGAGGUUGAAGGCGGGAGUCUAGAACAAUGUGGCCGCAGCCGUGACUAUGGCGUGCACGACUCACGAUGAAUUGUUUGCCUCCGCGUAAGACUCGAGUCAGACGCACUCAGACGGAAAAGCGGAGAUGAGACAGAAGGAUAUCGGACGAGGAUUUCGUUUAGCUGAAAUAAAGAGAGGGGAUGGGAUAACAGGGAUAAAAGGCUACCGGAAAGACAAAGGAAUGGAGAGCUGUGGCGGCAAAGGCAGUGAGAUGGAAGGAUAGUAGGUAUUAAGACGAAGGAAUGAAUGAGUUCUGAAAGGACAGAGAGAGGAAGUGGUUGUCAGAUGAUUGGAAUUUGCUCGACGAUGAUGAAUUUCUCGCUGGAGGUCAAGACGACGGGAGGUAAAAGACAAAAAAAGAAAUGCGAUGCAACACAAAAUAAAAGGAAUGAUAACAAAACCAGCAGUCGGUAGAUGAGCACCAAAGCGUGGAGUAGAUCAAAGAUAAAAAGACGCAAGUGUUCCAUUUAAAAGGGGAGGAGGGAAAGAGAGGCGCUGGGGGUUCCGGAGGGGAGGGGAAAAGGCAGAGAUUGCCGACCAGCCCUCACUUACCCACAAGUCACGUGAUCUAUGACGUCAUUAGCCCUCUCUUAUAAGACUGAGACGAGGCGGCGCAAAGGUAAUUGUGCCACCAGCUGCCUUUCUGCUUGUGCAGAGUCUGCACCACUGAGUAUCGGUUUAUAAGUUUGUGUUGUAGAUGAACUAAGUGCCUCCUUGCCGUUGUUCCAGUAACACCGUAUAUAUCUGCAGUGCGAUUUUAAACUGAGACUGCGACGAGCGUAUUUCAAGCGACCUGCCCUGACCUGUGCCGCCGCCGUACGAAAACGCUGACCCGAAGUUACUCAGAAAUGAUUGCGGAGGUAGCAGUGGGUGCGCUGCUUAGCAUCCUCAGCCCCGUCGCCCUCGGGUUUCCUGACGGAGCGCCCAUAGAAGCAUGUAUCCUUCCCCACGCCAACAGCCCCAACCACGCAGGGACGAAGCCCAUGCCCCACCAGACGGAGCACCAUCAGUUCACAGCUUCAUCCGGGACAUACACUCCCGGAGAACUCAUUGAAGUGACCAUCAGCGGGCCUCCCUUCAAAGGAUUCUUCGUGCAAGCCCAGGACAGCCACACCGGAGACUGGCUUGGCGAGUUUUUGGAAGAAGGCCCCGUCAAGACCCACCCCGAAUGCUCCGCCAUCACUCACGCCGACAAAGCGCGCAAGAAGCACAUUCGCCUCACCUGGCGUGCGCCUCGCUCCGGCUCGGGAUCGGUGAAGUUCACUGGGACGGUUCUGGAGAGGUACGACAAGUACUGGUCCGAUAUGGUGGCUCAGGUGGUAUCGCCUCGUCGCCGCUUCUGAGUCCCCUCGCAUCGCAUCGCUUCCCAGUCAAGUCGUGGCAGCCAUCUGGUUUCAUCUAUUUAUUAGUUGUUUAUUGUUUACAUGUUUGGAUUUUUUUUUUUUUUUUUUUGUCCAGUCACAAAUAUCAUCAGAUCAUCAGACGUUUUCAGUUCAUGGAAGUAACAAGAUCUGAAAAAAAGGUGGUCGGAUUUUAGCGUCUCUGUUUGUACAUUUCUUUGGUAAACCUGGCUUUGGAGAUGAUUUAGUGUUGUUUCCUCUAUAUAGUGCAUGGUAUUUAACUUAUGUAGUUUCCAUACACAUUAGGGUUGAAAAUAGAGGUGAAGUUA